CGUAUUUGUAUUUACUUCUUUGAACAAAAUGGAUACAAUAUACAAAAUAGCUUUGUUUUCUCUGUGCAUUCAAUCAUGUUUGAGUAUAAAAGUGACAAUUAUGGCUCCAAACAAAACUGGAUCGGAAGCUGCAAUAGUGAUCGUCCCUGAUACGUCUAUACCGGGAGCGGCGUACAAGCCUCUAGCAAAAGUAUUGCAGAGCAGGAGCACUUUGAGGUUAUGGGUUGUGGUUUUAGAGAGCAUACCAAGUUCACUUCUCUUCCCUAUUGCAUUCAACGGUGCUCGUAAGCAGUUGCUGGAUGCUGGCUUUGAAGGCGAUAAAGUCUUUCUAGCUGGUCACGGCUUAGGAGGUCAAAGGGCAUCAACUUAUGGGCAUUCACCCUUACAUAAGAAUCGACUGGAUGGAGUGCUGUUGUUUUCGUCAUUCCUAAGCGGUAGUUAUCGACUUAACAAAUAUCCAUUCCCAGUUCUUACCAUUAGUGGGGACUUAGAUGGGAUAACGAGAGUUACGAAAAUAGUUGAUGCAUUCGAAGAGUUGGAAGAAGAUUUAAUACUAGCUCCAAAUCAAAAAUACACUACACCCGUAAUUGUAAUGGAAGGUAUUAACUAUGGACAAUUUGCUUCUGGUAACCUUCCACCAGCGGUAACAGGUUAUGACUUGAAACCAGAAGUUUCUCAAAAAGAUGCAUAUGAUUCUAUAGCUAACUACACGAACGCAUUUAUGUUGUAUGUACGGAACACCAAUGUGUCAGAAGCGAAAUCUGUGCUUGAAGAGGGAUAUUCGAACACACAGUCGAUACUUCAACCCCUUUCACAAGUGAAAGCUCUUGAAGAUAAUGAAGAAUAUGUUUCACAUUGGACAAACACUGCUCAGCAACUGAUAGUUAAUCUUCUGAAUACCUCACUAGUAGAGUUUGAUAAUACCGAAGAAACACCAACACAGUCUAAAUCAUUUCGCUUUCACAAACCGUAUCAUUCAGAUAUGUUAAAAAUUAACAGCUCGACUGAAGUAUAUUUUCCAAACACAGAUGGUACCAAGAUUCCUCAGAGUCCCCUACAACUUAAAGCAACUAUGACAAGUCAAAGAGCUGUUAAGACACUCUUGCCGUCUGCACCUUUUGGCGACCCUGCUACCUGUCAAGAUAUUAAUCAGGAUGCUUUUACACUAGCCUUUUCAAAAUCUUCAGCUACAGCAAAGUCUAGAUACCAGUCGAAAGGAAGGCCGAUAAAAUUUCUUCCAGACGUCAAUGUAACAUCGAAGAACAGUUGGAACCAAUAUGGAGAUUUACAACUUAACUACAACAUAACUGGUCUGUUUGUUCAAGCCAAACGCUAUAUAUCUACAAAACCAUCAGGGAAAGAUGACGAUUGUACCUUGUUAUCACCAUUUAGAGCAAUGGAAUGGAUAUACGUGGAUUCUUUAAAAUAUAUGAAAGAGCAAACUUACAUUAAUAGUACAUGACAGUGUUAAACUUUUUAAAUGAAUACAACAUCUCUUGAAACUUCCAACUUUCAAUACAUGGAUACAUGUAUUAUAUCUUUAUUUUUCACACCUUCUUAUAUUUUCUGUCAUUUCUUGUAUUUGGUGACUGUUUACAAUGUUACAAAUUACGUCGCUAAA